AAUGCUCGCUGGCCUGCCUGCACGUUCGGCUCCUUUUUCCAACCACAGCCCGUGCAACGCCCUCUCUCCACCGCCCACCCAGACUCGCCCCGAUCGGCGUAUCGCAACGCUGCUGCAUGCCCGACUAAACUCAACCAUCCCGGCCUGUUCCUUAUAAGGUAGUUCCACUAUCUCGCUCGCACCACCCUCGUUCCCUCCCCUCCCCCUCCCGUGACGCCUCUCUCAUUCUCUUCGGGGUGCGAUUUCCUCUUUCUCGUAACGGCAGCCACCCCAGGGCUCGUGCGCGACUAUUCUCGAUCGUGUCUCAGAAACUCGUGGGCGCUGUGCCACCGCUUGCCGCCGCUUGAAAUAGGCCACACAACCCCCCUAUGAUGCCCCAUUCCAUCCGCCCGUCCGUCGACUCGGACCGCACCUUUGACCUCGACAAGCCCGAUGCCCCGCCGGUUCGAGCCGCCGAAACUGCAAUGAAGACGCAUUCCAAGAAGCCGUCGAGUCUGUACGGCGUCGCUGUCACCUCCCCGCCUCCUGUGGCCGAAAAGCGCACCUCGGUCGUCACUUCGGCGCAGCUGGCGCCGCCGGAGCCGCCGAAAGAGAGGGCGCCACCCGUGAAGAAGAUUCGCAGGAGAAGCGCGCCGGGCACUUCGGAGGACUACGCUGCCGUUGGACAGACGGAUGAUAUGGACAGCCUGAUUCAUGGUCGGCGAGCGGCCGAGGCGGAUACUCUACCCACCUCGAAUGGCGUCAAUGAGCCGGCUUCGAAGUGGAAGGCGAUGUCGUAUGAAGAGCAGGUUCUUGGCAGGGGUACUGCGCAUAAGAAGAUCAGCAGUCGCUCGCAGAGAUACUCUCCCGUGAUUGCAGAGCUGAGGACGAACGUGAUUAUCAAGGACGAAUUCACCCUCAUCACCGACCUCUCCUCCCAGCUCGCCCAACGCUUCGUCCGCCCCGAAUCCUGCAUCAUGCUCAAGAUCGAUCACAGCGCAUGUCUGGCGCUCGGCGGCCGAUUCGACCCCUGCUACGUCUUGACCAUCGAAGCAGUCCCCUCGCAAUUGGGUUUGGCGGUCAACAGGCGCAAUGCCGGCCUCAUCCAGGCUUUCAUGGCGGACAUUCUCAGCGUGCCGCCCGAACGGGGCAUCGUAAAAUUCGUGGGCAUUCCGGAGGAGAAUCUAGCUAUGAAUGGAACCACAUUCCCGAGCGAAAAUGAGAAGGCGGAGAAGCGGGCUUCGACUCUGCUCAAGAAGUCUGCGGCUGAAGCUGCGGCGGCGAAGGCUGCUGCUGCCGCUAAGAGCCAGUCUGAAGCGGUGGCCAAAACCAAGGGUCACUCUGAAAACGCGUCUAUAUCGAACCCCACGCCUGUCGUGGUAGCGAGAUCCAACAAUGAAGAGCUCGCGCCGGGCGUCACAACCGAAAGAGCCCCCAGCCGAAACAGUGCCCUCGCCGCACCCGACAAGCUCGCCAAUCGCAACAGCACCAGCGCCAUUCCAACGGAGAAGGCCGCCAACCGACACAGCACCGGCGCAAAGCAGCUCGAACGACCCAAGACAUCGCACAGCAUGAGCGCGCCAUCCGUCAACGGCCUCCGCAUGAACCCCAUCACCGCCGACGAGCUGGGCGUCGACAGCGACUCGCGCCCCUCAAACAUCAGCCGGCCACGCAGCAUCGGCGAAGUCCCGGAGCGCUCGUCGAUGCGAUCCACGAACUCUAGCCAGCGCAAAGCAGACGCUACUGCGAACGCCGCGAAACAGGUGACGGUCACUAAUGCCAGAGCAUCUGUGCCCGCGCGCAUCUCCAAAACCGAUGGUCAACAGCAAGCAGCUGCGAAACCGAAAUCCGCGCUCGCAGCAACAUCAGCCCCCCAAGCCGCUCGCCCCGUCCAAGUCAAGCAAACCUCCACCGACGCCACCACAGCCUUCAGCACCCCCAAACCAACCCCAACCCGCACCUCAACAAGCGAAAAGCGCCCGGCGGAAGUUAAUCCCUAUACCCUCUCCGCGCUCCCGACCCCGGAUCCGCGAACAACGCAGUCCCCAACCGCAGAGCUAGAAGCCGCGACCCCGCGCACCAUCGCAGCAGAAACAGCCGCCGCAGCAACAGCAGCAGCGACAGCAGCAGGCCGCUCGAAAUCCCUCAACACCGCGAGCCCCAAACCGCCCGCGACCGUGAGCGACGAGGCGAUGCCUAAGCGGCGCUCGGCGACGCUGACGAGUGCUGUUCCCCGGCCGCCGCCGAUUCCUGCUGAUCCUGUGGUGAAGGCGGAGACGAGGAGUUUGGGCAGUCGGUUGAGUAAGCGGAAGAGCUUUUUGAAGCUUUUUAAGCGGGAUAGUUCGGUGCCGGCUUGGUAUAAGCAGUGAGUGAUGAGGGAGGGGGUCGGAUUUGAGACUGCAUGGUCAGCGAUGGCGUUUCCGGGAGGAGAUGGCUGGAAGAUGGGAAUGGGAUUUAGAUGGACGGAGGGACGGGAAAGAUGGGAAGUAACAGGGUUCUUCGUGUGCUCUCCCGUCUAUGAGUGAUCUGGAUAGGAUACCUAAUGCUAGAACGAGCAUGACACGCGUGAGUGGACGCGACCCGAUUUGAAGGUAGUAGCACUGUUCUUGAAAAUCGCGUAAAGCCAUUGCAACCGCAACCACGCC